AUGGCUAAAGUUGAUACCUAUCACUCCUGUCCUGCUGGCCAUAGGCUGUCUGUGAAGACUGUGGCUGAUGACCUUGAUAGGCUUGAAAAUGGAUUUACCAGGACUCACUCGCUGUGUGAGGACACAUCUUCCGAAUUGCAGAGAGUCAUUUCCAUGGAGACAGGCGGCCUGUCUGAAUCUCGAAGAAGCUCAUUCGCUGGGAGUGGAGCAAUGGCUAGGUUAUCAUGGUUUAUCUUAUCACUGAGAUCGUGGGCUAGGAGGCACCUGCAUCAUGAAGACCAACGGCCGGAUUCUUUUCUCGAGCGAAUCCGGGGGCCAGAGCUCAAAGAUGUUCCAAGUAGAGACAGCAACACCCAGUUAAACUGUGAAGAAGCAGGUGGAUUGAAAAAUCAAUGGGCUCUGGCCAGAUUUAACAUCAACUACUCCAAUAACACCAAUGAAGAUGAGCCUGAACAGAAGGAAAAGGAUAGGCAAGAUGAGCGGGAAAACAAGAAAUUUAAAAAGAAGAAGGAAGAAAAGAAAGAUGUUAAGGAGGAGGAAAAGAAAGAGGAGAAAAAAGAGGAGAAAAAGGAGGAAGAAGGGAAGAAGAAAGAAGUCUUUGUGAUGGAUCCUUCAAGUAAUCUGUACUAUCGGUGGCUGACAAUCAUUGCAACACCAGUAUUCUAUAACUGGUGUUUGAUAGUGUGUCGAGCCUGUUUUGAUGAGCUUCAAAUGGAACACAUUACACUCUGGCUGAUAUUAGAUUAUUCCUCUGAUGUUGUCUAUGUAAUGGACACAUUUGUCAGAUUCAGGACAGGUUUCCUGGAACAAGGACUACUAGUUCGAGACAAAAAGAAAUUGAGACAAAAUUAUCAAUCAACUUUCCAGUUCAAGUUGGACAUUCUGUCUCUUUUCCCCACAGACCUGGGUUUUUUUAAAUUUGGGUUGAACUAUCCUGAACUGCGGUUUAAUCGGCUGCUGAGGCUUGCCAGGCUAUUUGAGUUUUUUGACCGCACAGAAACAAGAACAAACUACCCAAAUAUGUUUCGUAUUGGGAACCUUGUCUUGUACAUUCUCAUUAUUAUCCACUGGAAUGCAUGUAUAUAUUUUUCCAUUUCAAAGCAAAUUGGAUUUGGAGCAGACACUUGGGUCUAUCCCAAUAUAUCCCAUCCAGAACAUGGACGUCUGUCCAGGAAAUAUAUUUAUAGUUUGUAUUGGUCAACAUUGACAUUGACAACCAUUGGAGAGACUCCGCCUCCGGUAAAAGAUGAAGAAUAUCUCUUUGUGGUCAUCGACUUUCUAGUUGGUGUGCUCAUCUUUGCUUCCAUUGUUGGGAACGUUGGCUCUAUGAUUUCUAACAUGAAUGCCUCUAGGGCAGAGUUCCAGGCCAAGGUUGAUUCCAUCAAACAGUACUUGCAUUUCCGAAAAGUCACUAAAGACUUGGAAGCAAGAAUUAUUAAGUGGUUUGAUUACCUGUGGACCAACAAGAAAACGGUAGAAGAGAAAGAAGUUCUUAAGUACCUCCCUGAUAAACUGAAGGCUGAAAUUGCCAUAAAUGUCCACCUAGACACGCUACGGAAAGUGCGUAUCUUCCAAGAUUGUGAAGCCGGGCUCCUUAUCGAGCUGGUGUUAAAGCUAAGACCUACAGUCUUCAGUCCUGGCGAUUAUAUCUGCAAGAAAGGUGAUAUUGGAAGAGAAAUGUAUAUUAUUAAAGAAGGGAAGUUGGCUGUUGUGGCUGAUGAUGGUGUGACACAGUUUGUGGUCCUAAGUGAUGGCAGUUACUUUGGAGAAAUCAGCAUCUUAAAUAUCAAAGGCAGCAAAUCUGGCAACAGGAGGACAGCUAACAUCCGGAGCAUAGGAUAUUCUGAUCUGUUCUGUUUGUCUAAAGAUGACCUCAUGGAAGCUCUCACAGAGUACCCUGAUGCCAAAAAGGCAUUAGAAGAAAAAGGGAGGCAAAUUUUGAUGAAAGACAAUUUAAUUGAUGAGGAAGCAGCAAAAGCAGAAGCAGACCCCAAAGAUUUGGAAGAGAAAAUAGAAAAGCUUGAAGCAGCUCUAGACAUUCUCCAGACCAGGUUUGCUAGACUCCAUGGAGAGUACACUGCAUCUCAAGCCAAAGUCAAACAGAGACUUGUAAAAGUGGAGGCCAAAGUGAAGAAAUAUGGAAGUGGUACUCUGUCAGGUGACGAGGCAGAAAAAGCAGAGGAAGAGUAA